CAGGCUCCUGGGAGGAGCAGUUUCGACCGAGUUCGGAGAAGCAGUUUCCACGAAACUUGCAACAGUUGGGGGUCCGGCGACAGGCAGGUUGCGAGUGACCCGUGGGGCUGACUGAAGAGACAAAAAGGCCGGGGAGGGGAAGGGCCGCGGGGGGACGCCGACGCGGGGCUCAGCCCGGGUCGUGGGAAGCCGCUUCCCGGGGCGGCGCCGCCGCGCGCAGGAGCGCGGGGUCCUGGGCGGUGUCGGCCGCGCGGGCGGCGAGCGCGGGGAGGGCGCGCGCCCGGCCGCCCCGGGGCCACGGCGGGGCCAUGCCGAGGUGAGCGCGGCCCUGCCCCCGCGCCGCCCCCGGCGGGAGGCGCGACGCCCAGGCCGCGGGUGCGUGCGCGGCCCCGGGGCGACGCGGCUGGGCGUGCGCGGGGCCGCGGCGGAGGCAGGGCCGGGCGGGCGGCAGAAGAUGGCGAGGGUGUGUAGGCGGCAGCAAUGCUCCGUUGAGAGACGCGGCUUUCGGCAGGAACUGGACUCGUGGCGCCACAAGCUCAUUCACUGUGUAGGUCCCGUUUCCCUCUGUGCGGUGGCCGGCGGGACCAUAAGGGCUUAGCUCAUAUAUUUAACCCCCCUCCAAAAAGGUUUCGUUGGAAGGAAUUAUGCAAAUCCUGCUUUCUGGUGUCCAUUCAGCGGCAAUUUCAUGCGGGUUUGAAAGUAUUCUUGAAGGGCUGUUUGGACCUGCAUUAUUAAAAGAUCUCAGUUUAUUUAAAGACUGUGAACCUGAAAGCAUUUCUGAUUGGAGUUUUGAUGAAAAUUGUCUGUUCUGUUGCUUGAGAAGAGAUAAAGUAAAGGGACACUUAGUCGGUCUGGAUGAUCCAGCUUCGGGAGCUGGGCAAGAAGCUCUGCUUAAACAAGAGCAAGCAAAAAUCAUUCGAUUCGAGAGACAAGCAGAAGAGUUCCUCAAUGCAGUCUUUUAUAGAAAAGACAGUCCCUGGGUCUCCGACCCCAAUAUUCCCCUAGUGGCCCGUGAGAUCAUGCAGCGAAUGAUCCAACAAUUUGCUGCUGAAUAUACCUCAAAAACUAGCUCUACUCAGGACCCCAGCCAGCCCAAUAGCACAAAGAACCAAAGCCUGCCGAAAGCAUCUCCAGUCACCACCUCUCCCACGGCUGCAACUACUCAGAACCCUGUGCUCAGCAAACUUCUCAUGGCUGACCAAGACUCACCUCUGGACCUUACUGUCAGAAAGUCUCAGUCAGAACCUAGCGAACAAGACGGUGUACUUGAUCUAUCCACUAAGAAAAGUCCAUGUGCUGGCAGCACUUCCCUGAGCCAUUCUCCAGGCUGCUCCAGUACUCAAGGGAACGGUGAGAAUUCAACAGAAGCAAUAGCGGUAGAACCUAACAAUCAAUCGAAGUCUCCACUGGAGAAAUUCAUGGUCAAACUGUGCACACAUCACCAGAAGCAGUUCAUCCGUGUUCUGAACGACCUGUACACUGAAUCUCAGCCAGGCACUGAGAACCCACAGCCUGAUUCUGGAGCAAUGGAUGCCUCCAGUUGCAAUGCUGGCUGUGCCCAGCUAGACACCAAACAAAAGGAAAAGGAUGCUAUGUGUCGUGAUAUCAAGUCUCCUAUAGGUUUGUUGCUAGACUCCCCAGGCUCACACAGCCCUCGACACUUGACAGAACAGACCCUAAAGGAGCUCCCUCCUGAGACAAACUUUGUAGAUGGAAGAGAGAAUGCCUUCACUCUUGUCCAGAAAGAUUCCUCUGAACUUCUAACCACUAAACCGAACCCUGGUAAUUCCAUGGAUAGUUCCACUUUGGGAUACCUCACUGCUUCUAAUUCUUCAUUAUUGAACUUCCACCACAUCUCAAAGAGCUCAGAGAGGCCAACCACUGGACAGGAGCAAGAAGCCAAUGUGAAAAUGUGUGAGGAGGGCAAAGAUCAUGUACAGAGUUCGGCAUUAUCAGAAAGCCUGGUUCCAGUAAAAGUGGCAGAUGAGAACAGUGAGGAGAGCAGUAGCAGCAUUGCUUCUCAAAGAAAUUCACUCAAAAUUUUACCCGAAGAAACUUGGGACUCAGGGUUUAUGGGGAACUCACCUAGAACUGCUGACAAAGAAAAUGCUUUACAGUGUAGCUCAAAAACACCUUCUUUGCACCAGGAUUUAGAGAUAAGUGAACAAGAGUCAAGGCCAAAGCAAGAGAAUCACCUUCAUUCACUAGGAAGACAUAAGGUGGGUUACCAUUUACAUCCCAGUGAUAAGGGUCAGUUUGAUCAUUCCAAAGAUGGUUGGUUAGCCCCCACCCCCACACCACCUGCACACAAAACAUCUAAUGGACACUCACGAAGCAAGAUGAUACCAGCCUCCAUUAAGACAGCACGGAAAAGUAAGAGGGCCUCAGGCUUGAGGAUCAAUGAUUAUGAUAACCAGUGUGAUGUUGUCUAUAUCAGUCAGCCCAUAACAGAAUGCCACUUUGAGACUCAGAGAUCAAUAGUGUCUUCUCGGAAAACGGCCAGAAAGAGUACUCGAGGAUACUUUGUCAAUGGUGAUUGCUGUGAACUGCCAACUGUUCGCACACUGGCCAGAAAUGUCCAUUCCCAGGAAAAAGCAAGCUGCUCAGCGUUGGCAUUAGAGACACCAGUCAUGCCCAAGCAGACCCUUGUGAUUUCAGCUCCUAAAACUGCAAUAGAAGUGCAGAGUCCCAGAGAAGAUGACUCUAAGGAACCUAAAAAGGAAUUAACCUCCCUCAAGAGGGGAGACCAAGAUGCUUCAUUUGAAAAGGAACUUCAAGAGCUUGAGGCUUGUCGCGUGCUGGGCAAACCAAAUCUGAGCAGCUCUCCUAAAUCAGAGGAAACAGCCACUUCCAUUCUGGCAUGGCCGCUUCCAGCUCACCUCCCUGAAAAUGACACACCAGAAGACAGCUCCAUGGUCUUAGCUCCCACAGCUACUGGAAUAUCCUCCCCUGAAGGAGAACCACAACUGGUUGAACUACAGGGUACAAAGGAGAUGAGUGUUCUGCAAGACUGCCCCCUGGUUUCUGCUGAGAGGAUUUCUGAGAGAGACAGUGAGGUUGUUGUUUCUGGGCCUGGCUGCUCUGAAACAGUCAGCAGAAAAGAAAGUCCUCUGUGUUCAAGAAAUCAAAGUUCUCCAGUGAGCAGGGAGCCUCUCGGGAGCCCAGCAAAGGCUGAGGAUGCCCAAAGUGUCAGUGCAGAGACGAACACUAGAGACACUCAGAAGCUAGAUACUGGACCUCUCUCAAAGGAAAGCAGCACAUUUAUUAUUGAAAACCCCAGUGAAAUUGAGAGUGAGGCAUCAGGUGGUACAGAAGAAUUAGGAGAGGGAAGUGAUAUAAAACACCAAUUAGAAGGUGAGGACAGUGAUAUAAAUCAUCAGUUAGAAGGAGAAGACAAUGACAUAAGGCUGCAGUUAGAAGAGGACAGUGAUCUAAAAUUUCAGUUAGAGGAAGAGGACAGUGAUCUAAAAUGUCAAUUAGAAGAAGAGGACAGUGAUCUAAAAUUUCAGUUAGAGGAAGAGGACAGUGAUCCAAAAUGUCAAUUAGAAGAAGAGGACAGUGAUCUAAAAUUUCAGUUAGAGGAAGAGGACAGUGAUCCAAAAUGUCAAUUAGAAGAAGAGGACAGUGAUCUAAAAUUUCAGUUAGAGGAAGAGGACAGUGAUCCAAAAUGUCAAUUAGAAGAAGAAGACAGUGAUCUAAAAUGUCAAUUAGAAGAAGACGACAGUGAUCUAAAGUGUCAGUUAGAAGAAGACACCAGUGAUCUAAAGUGUCAAUUAGAAGAAGAGGACAGUGAUCCAAAAUGUCAAUUAGAAGAAGAGGACAGUGAUCUAAAAUUUCAGUUAGAGGAAGAGGACAGUGAUCCAAAAUGUCAAUUAGAAAAAGAAGACAGUGAUCUAAAAUGUCAAUUAGAAGAAGACGACAGUGAUCUAAAGUGUCAAUUAGAAGAAGAGGACAGUGAUCUAAAAUGUCAAUUAGAAGAAGAGGACAGUGAUCUAAAAUUUCAGUUAGAGGAAGACACCAGUGAUCUAAAGUGUCAAUUAGAAGAAGACGACAGUGAUCUAAAGUGUCAGUUAGAAGAAGAGGACAGUGAUCUAAAAUUUCAGUUAGAGGAAGAGGACAGUGAUCCAAAAUGUCAAUUAGAAAAAGAAGACAGUGAUCUAAAAUGUCAAUUAGAAGAAGACGACAGUGAUCUAAAGUGUCAAUUAGAAGAAGACGACAGUGAUCCAAAAUGUCAAUUAGAAGAAGGGGACAGUGACCCCAAAUGUCAAUUAGAAGAAGAGGACAGUGAUUCAAAAUGUCAGUUAGAAGAAGAGGACAGUGACCUAAAACAUCCUUUAGGAGAUAUGUUUGAUCAAAAUGUUGACUUACCUGAAGAGAAUUUGGACAAGAAGAAAAAAAGCAAAAAUUUCCCAGAGGCCUCUGAUAGGUGCCUAAGAAGUCAGCUUUCAGAUUCCCCAUCUGUCGAUAGGUACCUAAGAAGUCAAAAUGUAGAUGUCUCCUCUGCUUGUCCUGAGAGUAAGGUUACUAAGAAUCCUGGCACGAAACGUUCUAAAAAGGAAAUACAACCUGUUGGGACAGACCCUGAGGAACUUCUAACAGACAGUUUCCAGACAAAUGUUCUGGUGAAUACUGAAAAUCCAAAUGAUGAAAACCAGUCUGAGGGAAAUGUUGAGCAGGAUGGGGAAGUGAGUGGGGUCAUCACCAGGCAGACUUUAAAGAACUUGCUGGCCAAAGAAGUCAAAGGGGAACAGGGAGACACUCUCCCCUGUAGUGAUUCCUCAGGCAUAGUUUGUCAGCCUUUGCCUGGAGAGAGGCUGGAAAUCUGUGUUCCAUCUAAGUUAAAUGAGAGAAAUGCUUGUGACCCCUCAGAAAGUGCUCCUCGUGCUAUUCCUGAACCAUCCAAGGGGAAGCCAGGAUCCUUCCCAGCUCAGGAUGUGGAGGAGGCUGUAGAGGAGGGAGCUGGUUCAGAUCCUCAGCAGAAAGGUGACAGUGGUGAUGGGCUGUCUGGCCCACUCGGGUUGCCAGAUAGCAGUGAUGCUGCUGGGCCACCAUCAAAGUCUACACGGCUGGCCUACAACCUAAGACAUACCUAUCAUUCUCUGGACUCCUCGGGUACUACAAUAGUGACUUCAGAAAAGGAAGCGGCUGAUAGAAACCCAGCACCAAAGGAAAGAGAACCUUCUGAGAACUGGGAUCCCUUAGAUGACGAUGAUGUGGACCCGGUGGUGGAUGACCAGCCAAAGUUUGUAGAAUGGUGUGCAGAGGAGGAGAACCAAGAGCUGAUUGCCAGCUUCAAUGCCCAGUACCUGAGAAUCCAGAAGGGCUGGAUCCAGUUAGAGAAAGAAACUCAGCCGUCAUCACGAUCACGGAACAGGUCGGAUAAACUGAAGGAGAUUUGGAAAAGCAAGAAAAGGUCACGGAAGUGUAGGGGUUCCUUAGAGGCACAGAAGUUUUCUCCUGUUCAGAUGCUUUUUAUGACCAACUUUAAAUUAUCUAAUGUUUGCCGAUGGUUCUUAGAAACAACUGAAACCCGGUCGCUGGUAAUUGUGAAGAAGCUUAAUACUCGCCUUCCAGGAGACAUUCCUCCCGUCAAGCUUCCGCUUCAGAAGUACUCUCCUUCCAGCUUGUACCCCAGCUCCCUACAGGCUGAACGCUUGAAAAAACACCUGAAGAAGUUUCCCGGAGCUACACCCAUUAGAAACAACUGGAAAACACAGAAGCUCUGGGCCAAAUUUCGAGAUAAUCCCAACCAAGCAGGGCAAGAGGAUGGCAGUGACUCCAGCCUUAACCCCAAUUCAGAAGACACCAGCCAGGAAGUCACGGAAGGUAGAAGCAGCCAUCCUCCCUCAAACUCACCCACCCCUGCCAGUACCCGGAUCCUCAGGAAAUACUCCAAUAUUCGAGGAAAGCUCAGAGCCCAGCAGCGCUUGAACAAGAACAAGAAAGCUGAAAGCCCACUAGGCCUGACUGUGGAAAAUAAACAGAGCUGUAAGAGUGUUUGCAUUAACCCUCUGAUGUCCCCCAAGCAUGCCCUGCAAGUGGAUGCAGAUGGGUUUCCCAUUAAGAGUACUGAUGGAACUAAGGGGAGGAAAGGGAAGCAGAUGUCGGAAACCUCGUCAAAAGUAGAAGUUCAGAAUAAGCGCAAGAGACCAGAAGGCAGCAGCACUCAGGACAAGAAGGACAAAGGACCAGCGACAAAAGCCAGCAAAGAAAAGCUUACUGAUGCCUCCACCAAAACCCCUGCUGCAAAGAAGCCAGCUGCGAAGGACAAAGCCAGCCAGCUGUCCAGAAAGACAUCUUCGAAAGAGAACAAAGUGAAGAACCCUAAGAAACCCUCUGGGAAAAACUGCCCUCCUUCCAGAAAAGAGAGAGAGAAAGAGAAUGCAAAUAAAAGACCUACCAACCUCGCCACCUUGGAGACAGUGAUGAAACCAGCAAAGCAAAAGGGGACAGGGGAAUCUUCUUCAAGGCCACAGAAGGCUACAAACCGGAAGCAAAGCAGUGGGAAGAGUCGAGCCAGACCCUUGACAAAAACUCCAGAGAAUACUGCACCCCAGAGAAAGAGAAAGCUGAAGGCCAAGCUGGAUUCUUCCCACAGCAAACGGAGACGGCUGGAUACAAAGUGAUUGAAAGGGUGGUAGAUAAAAGUAAAACCGUUUGGUAGAAGUAACCCUUUAUUUUGCAUUACCUAAACCUGCUUAUAUAAUCUUAUCAAGCCUUUCUAGUCUGCAGUUCAGGAAAACCACAACUGAAGACAGCAGAAAAUGCCGCUCAGAUGGAGAAAGGAACUUGCAGAGUCUUUCUCUGAGACUGAGUAAGGGAAGUUCCAUGUGAUAGAUUCUGGUGGUUCCACAGGUUUUUAAACGUGGAACUGAGCAAUUUGAGUUUUUAAAAGUACAGUGCCUUAUUUAUCCUUUUUUGUUUUUAAACUUACAAAAGCUAGGAGUUGAAGUAUGUGACUAAAGGCUUGUAUUUUAUACUUGAUGCACAAGCACUUGUACUGUAGCCGAGAAGACCACCGUCACGCACAGAAAAGUAGCUUUGCAGCAGCAGCGGCCACUCUGCAGUGUCUGCACGCGAGCAGAUGCUCCUCUCUGCAGACACCAGCCGUCAACUUCCCUCUCUGUCUUGUUUGUUUGUUCAAGUGGUGUUUUGAAAGCUAUACCAAAUCCUUUUAUGGUAUCUGGAAAAUGCAGAGGGAAUUUAUAAUGAUUACAAAUGAUUAACCUGUUACCCGCUGCCCUUUAAAAAAUAUUCAUUGAUUCUCUUUU